GUUAUCCACCGAGGCAGUUAUCUACUGAAAAAAGACAUCUACAUUUGAGAGUUCAGUGCAGUCAGCUUUUCCAUAGAUAAAUACGUCUCGGAGAUCAGAGUCAAAUAUGAUGCUGUGUUUGAUGGUAAUUAUUUCAAUGGCCAGCUUCACACUUGCUGUUCCAAAAGAGAAAUUGGUUGUAAAGCGAACAGGAUGUGGUGGGAGCUUUUACAUCAAUGAAGGCGAGCAAAAGAUAAUUACUAGUCCUAAUUAUCCAUCUAAUUAUGACAAUAAUCUUAACUGCCCUUGGAUUGUCUCAACCAGCCCUGGAAAUACUCUCGAUGUGAAUGCUGUAGAUUUUAAUAUAGAAAACUUAGUGGAUAUGUUGAUAAUCCAUGAUGGGACUGAAGCUGUUCAAUGGACUGGCAAUUCUCUACCACCAAGCUACACAUCAGUUUCCAACGAGUUAAUAUUCAUAUUCAGAACUGAUUCUAUGAAUAAUUACAAGGGAUUUAAGUUAAUUAUUACAGUGUCAGGCGGAAGUGAGAAAGGAGACCCUCAUAUGACGACAUUUGAUGGACGUCGAUACAGUUUUCAAGGUCAAUGCUGGUAUACAUUUUUCAAAGACUGCAGUGCACACCCCGAUUUUGAAGUGAUUAGUAAGUUCGGGCCAAGAGAUGAUAUCAAGAAUAAAACAAGAACGGUUUCUUUCAAAGUUACUGUCGGAGACCAGUAUGUUAUUGUUAAUGGUCGCGAUGUAGCUACAGGAAGCAAGAAUAAUGGUCACGUGUACUCACCUUUCAUACAUGUACAAGAAAAUAAUGACCUGAUUACACUGGCGUUCACUUCCAAAUAUACAACUUUCACUCUGGAGUGGACACCGAGAAAGCAUAUGUUAAAAGCAUCAUUCUCUGGCACUGAUUACAAUGGCAAGCUCUGUGGUUUGAUGGGUAAUGCUGAUGGUGAUACACGUAAUGAUCUUCAGACGCCCGAUGGUUUUGAAGUAAAGGACGUUACUGCGUUCGGUGAAAGCUGGAAAGUGAAGGGUGAAGUGUGUGAUUAAGAGUCUUCUAAUAACAAAUGCUGGACACAGGUUUAGAUUUUUCAACGCAUGUAAUUUGAAUUAUUAUGCUGUUGUAAUUUGGCAAUUCACAGGUAUCGAUUUCCGAGAAUGCAAUGGAACGGUGAUAGUGGAAUACGGGUUAUAUAUAAUCAAGCUUCAAUUUAAUGUUCAGCAUAAAAUAAAUGGGAAAUAAAUGGUGAAAGAUUGGAAA